AAUGGACAUGUGUUAUCUUAAAAACACUAUAUAAACGCUUGUUUGUUUGAUGGACAUUUAGCAGCAAGUGACUGUUAGCAGGUUGUUUGUAGCAGGUGUUCUAGACUGUUUCAGUAGGCUGUAUUUACAGUUAAAUAGCUUUCAAUGUCUAAAAGCCUAUGUUUCUAGAAUAUGCUUCUAGUAAAUCAAGAAACUUCUGGAAAGGUGGGGUGUGCGUGACAGCUGGGUAUCAGUUGUGGCCUCAUAAUACAGACAGUAUGGAAGAACAUUCAAACAAUAACAUAGAGGUGACUGUGAAAACCCUGGACUCCCAGAGCAGGAGUUACACAGUUCAGGCACAGAUGACCGUGAAAGAGUUCAAGGAGCACAUAUCACCCUCCGUUGGAAUUCCUGUUGACAAACAACGACUCAUUUAUCAGGGCAGAGUACUUCAGGAUGAGAAAACCCUAACAGAGUACAACGUGGAAGGAAAAGUAAUUCACCUGGUAGAGCGGGCCCCACCGCAGACCACCCAACAGGGCUCCGGCUCGGGUGGCGUACCAGGGCCCUCUGGGGCAACACAGGGAGGAAAUCAGAACCCAAACUCAACCAGUAGCUCUCAAGGGACCCCUCUUGGGCCUACGCAUGACCGCAAUGCCAACAGCUAUGUUAUGCUGGGUACUUUUAAUGUUCCGGUUAACAUUAUGGACCCUCAGCAAAUUCAGAUGUCCAUUCAGCAGAUGAUGACAGGCCUGGGAGAGAGUGCGAGAAAUCCACGUGUCAGUACCAGCACGGGGACCAAUGGCUCUGUGAAUGUUCAGAUAGAUUUGGACCAGUCAUUACAAAGUGAGCCCAGACUGCGGCUGUUAUUGGCUGAGAACUUGCUGAGAGACACCAAUGCUGUGAUCCAGAGACUGGAGGGGCAGCCCGAGGAUGGCUCAGCAUCUCAGGAGGACUCUGCACCUCCACCCACCUCCGCCACUUCCACUACAUCUCCUACUGUACAGCCCAUGGACACUUCUCCUCCUCCGUCCAGUACCCCACCAUCCUCUUCCUCAUCCACCCAGACUGAGGGUACUCCACCCCCUCCAGCAGGCCUCAGCCACCCAAGCCCAGCUGAGAUGGUGGAGAUGUUAACGGAGCUGAGGAGAGUCGAGGAGAGACUCCAGCCCUUCAUUCAGAGAGCUCACCUCAUUCUAGAGGCAGCCACAACUGCAGACUACAACAACAAUACCCAAGAGAGGGAUGAGGACCAACGCAUUCUCAACCUCGUGGGGGAGGCCCUUCGUCUCUUGGGAAACGCCCUGGUCGCCCUGAGCGACUUACGUUGUAACCUCCUGAGCAACCCUCCUCGACACCUGCACGUUAUCCGCCCCAUGUCUCACUACACCUCCUCUGUGCUGACUCCAGCGGGCGUGCAUCACCUACCAGUGCAGUUGAAUCUUGGAACUACUGUGACUAUGUCAGCCAAUGGCAGACCAGUAGCUGAUGAUCAACCUCAGUCUACUGGCCAAUCAGAUCAGCAAGGCCAGGGACCAACGCCUGCCGCUCAGCCUGGUCCAGCCAAUCAGCAGAGCGCACAGCCAGGGCCCAGAGUCAUCCGGAUCAGUCAUCAAACCAUGGAGCCUGUAGUGAUGAUGCAGAUGAACAUUGAUGAUUCUGGCAGUGCUGCACAGGCAAAUGGACAACAGAAUGCUGCUGGCACUGGACAGCCUGGUGCCCCCCCUACUGUUCAGAUUCCAGGUCUACAUCCAGAAUUCAUGCAAGCCAUUGUGCAUCAAGUCACUCAGCAAGCCAUGGUCAUGGCAAACGCUGCCUCUACUGGCCAGCAGGGGCAACAGACCACACCACCUGCAGCAAACGUUGGCUCUGGCUCCAAUCCAGCCCCCGUGCCCCCCUACCCACCUCAGGCCAGAGUGGUUUUCACCAGACCCUCCUUUACUCACAGGAUGGCCAGCCCUACUUUUACCACAAGGGGGGCCACUAUUAACCUCAGAGCAGCUGUGCCACCGAUGAUGGGCCAACAGCCGGGACAGGCUGGACACUUCCCUCCUGCUGCUCUGAAUCAGAUGGUUGGUGGACUGGUCAGCCAGCUUUUGUCAGGGGCUGCAGGGCAAAUGGCCAGUCAAACCACCACUUCCUCCUCACAAACGUUCACCUUCUCCACGUCCACUUCUACAAGCACUCCAUCCACCACCACGACCACCACAAGUGGCUCUGGGUCCACACAGUCUAAUGGUACCAAUACCAGCACUCCUCAACCUGGAUCUGCACCGCCACCUCCUCAGGAGAAUCCUUUAGGGGGAAACCUUGAGCAGUUGUUGGGGUCUCUACUGGGAGGAGCUGUUGCCACAGGCGGCCAGGGCCCUUCUAUAACAGUCACCAUGCCUGGGGUCCCUACCUUCAUCCAGGGGGUCACAGACUUCAUGCAGGCUUCCCAAACACUUUUCUCUCAGCCUCCUGCGGGACAGCCUCCCACCUCGACCCCUACUGCUCCCACUGCCACACCAAACGCAGCCAGUGCUCCUGGGGCCGCCACAGCCGGUGAAGGUCUGAACCCUGAGCUCUUCACUGGGAUAGUGCAGGGUGUCCUGUCCACCAUGAUGGGCUCUCUGGGAACCCCUCAAAACGAAACCGAGAGCAUCGCACAGUUCAUCCAGAGGCUCUCCCAAACUAGUAACAUCUUCACCCCUGGUACUGGAGAUGCUAUGGGUUUCUUCGGUGAUCUACUGGCUUUGGUCUGUCAGAACUUCUCCAUGGUGGACAUGGUGUUGUUGCUCCAUGGGCAACACCAGCCACUUGGUCGUAUCCAGCCCCAACUCGCUCAGUUCUUCACUGAGCAUUUCCUGCAAGGCCGUGAACCCACGGAGGCCAACAUCAUUGCAGCUGCUGAUGACUUAAUUGCUGAACUUGAGGAGUACAUCACAGAAAGUUUUUCAUCCGUCGCAGUCCGAGAUGGGGUAGAUAUCACCCAGACGAACCGGGCUUUUCUCAGACAACAACUUGUAGGCAUUGCCACCCACAUUCUGCAUUGCACCGAUCAAACGUUUGGACCUCGGCUCCUGCAGCUGUGUAACCGUGCUCUCUUUGAGUGUCUUGCACUCAACCUCUACUGUCUAAACGGAGAACAAAGUGCCCUUACUGCCGUCAUCAACCACCGCAUUAGGACAAUGUCAGCUGAGGUCAACCCUAGCCUGGUGAACUGGUUAACCAGUAUGAUGACCAUGAGGCUGCAAGUGAUACUGGAGCACAUCCCCAUCACAGAGGAACAGAUCACUCAAUACGUCAUCCACACACAGAUGGGGGACAGCCUCUCUCCAACACCUGCUACUACAGCAGAAGAAGCUCUGGCCUCCUCCCAGGAUGCAGGAGCAGUGGGAGGUCCAGCUAGGGAAGGAGAGGGAGCUGUUGGAGGAGAGGAAACAGCAAGAGAUGCUGAAGCCUGGGCAGCUGCAUUGCCUCCUGAGUGGGUUCCUAUUAUCAGACAAGAUCAGAUCAGUCAGAGGAAGAUGAAGGCCCAGCCUCCUCUGUCUGAUGCAUAUCUGCUUGGGAUGCCAGCAAAGCGCAGGAAGAUGGUAAAGAGUGACGGCCCAAAACUGUCACUCACUGAGGCAGUGAGUCAAGCCGCCAAGUCAGCCGGUGUAACACCCAUCUUGGCUCCCAACGCCCUACAAGAGGAUUUAGAAAAACCAGAACUUCAAGAAGCAUACAGUGAACAGCUGAAAAACGACAUUAAGAAACGAGUAAAGGAGGACCCAGAUUACAAUUCCAGACGGUUUCCUAACACACAUCAAGUAUUUUCUCCAGACUCAUAACUUUUGUACCUGCCAGCUUACAUGUGUUCACCUCAGCCCUGUUCCUUUUGUGGGGUAUGUGUUUUAUUUGCACAGUUAUGUAUUGUCAGAUGACUUCACACCCCACAUUUCUGUUUAUACCUUUUAAUUGACUGAUUAUCUGCUUGCUGAUCCUAAUCAGCAGAUGUGCUGUUGUACGUGUUGAUCAUGUGGCUGGAGGUGCUGAGUGUGAGCUACACACUGACCAUCUGACAAGUGUCUUGUUCUGGUCAAUACAGACACGUGUGUUAGAGCCUGUCUUUAAGCCACCUACCAGCAUGCUGUAUCAGAACUGUUGUGUUUUUAUGAUUCAGGCUGAUGAAUAACAGUGUUCUAACUGAAUUCCGAGGAAAGACAUGAUGAGAACAGGAGAGAACUGAUAAUGUAGAAAAGCUACAUUGCUGCAAUGAUGCUGUUGUUUAAAGCUUUAUUGAUUAUAUAACGUUUUGCCUUGCCUUUCACCUCUCCCAUUACUCUGCUAUGGCUUUAUGAUACAUUGCAAAAAAUAAUAAGAACUAUGUCAUUUGGAACCAUGAAUGUAAAAUGCCUGAGAUUAAACAAUUUUGCACCGGUUUAGUGCAUAUAUGCGUUAUUUUUAUUUAUUUAUAAUUUUUUUUGUGUGAGUCAAAUCACAGUUCAUUUUGUAUUCAGUUGUAGAAAUUAAGUCAUUCAAAUUUUAACUUUAUUGUCAUAGAAUAAAAUGUACCAAAACAAUGCUAUUUUUAGAAUGUUUUAUGAAAGUGUGAAUUUCCACCCCUUUGGGAUGUUUAUGGAUACUCGAAGGAAUAGUUCAGAAAAAAAAUCAAAAUGUGCUCAACCUAAGGUCAUUAUGUAGAUAUGUUUGUUUCUUCAUCAGAACAGAUCUGAGGGAACUUAGCAUUAACUUAGCAGCACGU